AUGGGUAUCAUCCUGCAAAGUCCUGCUUCAUUUCCUACUGUUAGACUGUCUGAUGCACAAGAAAUAUUCUAUGUUUUCUUGAUAAUACCUGUACUACUGUUAUGUGUUGUUGUUCGAAGGUUGUGGUUUCACCCUCUUAGCAAGUUUCCUGGUCCUAAACUUGCCGCGGCGACAAGUUGGUAUGACCUUUACUAUGAUCUUUUCCUCAAUGGGUCAUAUGUUAAAGACUUUCCGAAACUGCAUGAGAGAUACGAUCAUAAUGAAAAAGAAUCGGAUAUUAUUCGAAUUGCCCCCAAUCACCUCCAUAUCAACGACCUUGAUUUCUAUAAAACAGUUUUCCAUGCCAAAGCCGUGUACCAAAAAGCGCCAUCCUUUUAUGGAAACCUAAGUCUAGGGGACUCGCUCGUUUCGCAGACUGAUGAAUCCAAGCACCAUAUCAAGCGAACUGUAGUGAACUCAACCUUUUCCACGAAAGCAGUUAACGACAUUGCGCCAAGUGUUGCGCAGAAGGUGCAGAAAGCAGGAGACUUAAUAGCGCUGAAAGCUCAACGCGGGCAACCUAUUACGAUCCAACAGGUCUUCCGCUGUAUAACGGCCGAUGUAAUUUGCGAUAUCAGUUUCGGAGUUUCGAAAAACCUGGUCGAGUCCAAUGAGGAGUAUCCAGCCUUUCUGACUGGUAUUGACGAAUUUGCGUCCAGAAUGCGCUUUACCAAGAACUUUCCCAUACUGGGCUCGAUCUGUCUUCAUUUACCCAAUCGAGUCAAGAGGCAUUUGCUACCUGGCCACAUCAAUCUUGCUGAGCAAUGCAAACCUCUAGUGGAAAAUGUCUUGGAACAGAACCAAGAGAAGUCCGCUCAUCAACAAAAGAAAACGAUGUUCCACCUUCUGAGAGAGCCCGACCAAGAAAAGAAUCACCCUGGUAUGGGAUUCGACGCGUUGAUUAAUGAAGCAUUAUUAUUCACAAUCGGUGGGAGCCAUACAACGGCGUAUACCCUCUCCUAUGCUAUAUAUCAUGUUCUCAGCGCCCCUGAGAUACUGUCCCGGCUACGUACCGAACUUGAAGGGGCUUCGGCAGCUAUAAAUGAAGAGUUUGACUGGCACCAGAUCAAAAAUCUGCCAUACCUCACAGCAGUCAUAAAGGAGACCUUGCGAGUCUCCUCUGGUAUUCCAGGAAACCUGCCACGAGUGGUGCCUGCUGAAGGGAUCCUUGCGUAUAUGGAAAUAUAUCUAUGCUUAGCGAUCUUCUUUCUGCGCUUUGACAUGGAGCUCUUCGAGACAGACGAAACAAGUAUCGAGUGGUCUGAUUUUGUCCUGGCUGUUAAUAGGAAGCCAGUCAAGGUUCGCAUCACCAAGGAUCAUCUAGCAUGA